UAUUAUUAUAUAUAAAUGUAUUAAUUCCUGAAGCUAUGACGGAAAUAUUUUCAACACUGUUUGGUCCGAGUGACGCACAGGCACCUCCGGGCUCGUCAGCUUUAGGUUUCGGCCCAGGGAAACCACCACCGCCGCUCCCGCAAAACCAGGCGCCCAUGACGGCACAGAUCCCAACACAGCUCGGGGAUGAAGGGCCUGCGUUACGGAAGCCGGGAGCCAUGAAUGAGCCCUUUUACUUACUGCGAGAACUACCAGCCGGGAACGAUCUCACAGGAAACACCAACCUCAUCACACACUAUAACCUGGAACACGCUUACAACAAAUUCUGCGGCAAGAAAGUGAAAGAGAAACUCAGUAACUUUCUUCCAGAACUACCAGGUAUGAUAGAUUGUCCUGGGGUUCAGGAUGGCAGUUCUCUACGCUCUCUGAUUGAAAAGCCGCCCGUCUGUGGAAAUUCCUUCAGCCCUCUGACCGGAGCUCUCCUGACUGGCUUCAGAUUGCACACUGGACCGCUCCCAGAGCAGUACAGACUGAUGCACAUUCAGCCUCCAAAGAAGAAAAGCAAACACAAGCAUCGACACCAUCGACCCCAGGACCCCAUACCACCAGAGACCCCCUCAGACUCUGACCCCAAGAAGAAGAAGAAAAAGAGGGAUGACGACCCUGAUCGUAAGAAGAAAAAGAAAGACAAGAAGAAGAAAAAGAAUCGUCAUAGUCCUGAUCACCCUGGUCUCACUGGCUCGCAGCCCAACAGCAACAGCCUGAGAUAGAGACAGAGCUGACCGAGUGACAAAAGAGAGUGUGUGUGUGCUUUACACAAAGUGUGUAUGUGUGUGUGUUGAAGACAGAAUGCCUGUGAGAGCAUGUGUGUCUGGCUGAGAGUGUGUGUUUGGGAGAGAAUGUAUUUGAGGCUGCACAGUGUUACAAAAAGGCAGAAAUGGACCUGUGUGUGUAUGUGUGUAAAUAUAUGUGUGUGUGUGGAAAGACUUUUUUUGUUAGAGAUUGAUUAUUGUGGAUUUUCUAGAAUCCAUGUUUAG